GCGUCCCGGUUGUGCUCCCCAACUGACGGUGGCCCACACCAAUAGUCGUCCGCGACCUGUGAGGACAUUCGGAAGGGCGAGGGGAGGGUUCGGCCUCUUGCUCCUAGUUUCCCGAUCUGUCCCUGAGCUUAAAUCUCUGGGCCGCCCUCAUUGAGCGCCCAGGUGCCGCAGAACCUCCAACAGCUUUCCAACAGAUUUCCUUUAGUAAGAGUUGGGUUUCGAAGCUCUGCAGAAACAAGUGUGGUGUGUGAUUUCAAGAUACUAUGGCUGCAAAAGUGUUUCCUAUGCCCCCGAAGCCAAAACAGUCCUUUAUACUGAGAGUUCCUCCAAACUCCAAGCUGGGCCAAGACCUACUUCGAGAUGCUACUGGUGGGCCCAAGACCAUCCACCAGCUGGUUCUGGAGCACUUCCUCACCUUCUUGCCCAAGCCAGGCCUGGCCCAGCCCAGUGAGAAAGUCAAGGAGACCUUGGUUAUCAUGAAGGAUGUGAGCUCAAACUUUCAGAACAGAGUGCAACAUCGUCCCUUAGUGAAGCUUCUGACCAGAGAAGGAAUUCAGCAGAAACAAGAGACAGUGUCUAUGUGCUUGAAAGCUAAGCCCGAGGAGCUGGUGGUCUUUGAGGAUUUAAAUGUAUUUCACUCCCAAGAAGAAUGUGUGAGCCUGAAUCCUACUCAACAGCCCACCUCAGAGAAGGAAGAAGAGAGUGUUGGGGAGAUGAUGUUACUGGUCAAUGACAGUAAUCUUGAGGAUGAAGAUAAUAGAGAAAAGUCUUCAGAAUGUGAUGAAAUGGAUUGUUUCAUGGUCUCCAAGCAACCUCCAGAUUGCCAUAAAGAAAAAAGACUGAAUACAUCCAAUCCAAAGGAAAAGAAAAUGAGAAAUCUUUUAAUUACCAUUGAAAAUGAUACUCCACUAGAGGAACUCUCAAAAUAUGUGGAUAUCAAUGUUGUUGCACUUACCCGAAAUCGGAGAACAAGAAGAUGGUACACUUGUCCACUGUGUGGGAAACAGUUUAAUGAAAGUUCUUACCUUAUUUCCCACCAGAGGACCCACACUGGAGAAAAACCCUAUGACUGUAGUCACUGUGGGAAAAGCUUCAAUCAUAAAACAAACCUUAAUAAACAUGAGCGAAUCCAUACAGGAGAGAAACCUUAUUCAUGUUCUCAGUGUGGAAAAAAUUUCCGUCAAAACUCUCAUCGGAGUCGCCAUGAAGGAAUCCAUAUAAGGAAGAAGAUAUUCAAAUGUCCAGAAUGUGGGAAAACCUUCCCAGAGAACAAAGAAUUUGUGCUUCAUCUGCAGAGUCAUGUGGCUGAGAGGCCAUACGGCUGCAAAAAAUGUGGGAGAAGAUUCGGUCGGUUGUCAAACUGUACCCGGCACGAGAAAACCCAUUUGGCAUGUAAAACCCGAAAGCAGAAGUGGGAUCGGGAAAGAUCUGAUGGUCCUGCCUCAACCUGAAAUGUUUCAUAAGGAAUUCUGAAUUCCUAGGCUGUCUGAAAAGAUAGAGAUAUGUGAAAACCUCAUAGUAGCCAAAAUUGGAUAAAUACCCAGCUUGGCUGAAACCUCAAAUUUUUAAAAAAAUCGCAGGGAAGAAAACAUCGUCAAGGGCUAUACCUCAGUUAGCAUCCAGGCUUUUUGGACUAAGGAGCUUUCUUUUGUGAACUUACAACAAUGUAUAGGUCAUAUAUCUCUUUCCAGAGAAAGGCUUUGAAUACGAGUCUGGAGGCUGCUUACCUGCAAGGUGAACAGAGUGAUUCUUGUGUACUGAAAGUAUAUCCAUUCCCAGCCCCCCCACCACACAUAUGAAUUCACACAUGAAAAAAGAGAAAUAAUGCAAAGGUUUUCUGGACUAGUGUUCCCCUAAAAGAACCAAACUACUGAUUUGUUAAACCAACAGCUGUUAUCAAGCAAUUUGUAUAACCCUUUAAGAACACCCUGUUAAAACUUGAGUGUUGAGAGGGAUUAUUUACUUUGGAAUAUAGGCAAAUAUACAGCAAUUGAAUAUCAAAGGCUUACUCUGACAUUUGUAUGUGAUUUAAACUAAUGAUCAAUUUCAGUAACAUUUGCAAUUUACAGUGAAAAGUGACUUACAAAAAUCCUUUUCACAACGUAAUUUUUAAAUGUCUGCUGUUCUUACUAUUUCUUGUUCAGCUAGUAAUUGCUCAAAAGCCCUCUCUUGCCUUUUCCAUACCACAAAAGAAGUUUAGAUUGCUCAGGCCCGGCCACCCAUCCCUACUACGGAAAAACUCUUCAGAAUCUUGUCCCUCUGCUGAGCCAAGAAGAAAACUUCCUAGGGAGGAAAUGCCAAUAUCCUGAAAAGGAGGAGGGAGAUAUUGGCUUGGAUCUGUGGCUGCUCAGUAACUUAACCAUAUGCUUAAUUCCCUUCUAAGCAGUUAUCAGACCUUUGGCAGUGGGUGGUCACUACCUCACAAGCAGAGUGUUUUUAGAAAUCAUGUCUCCAGUGGCUAGCUCACAUUGCCCCUCAAGAAACAGGAUUCCAGUGUCUUCAUCAUAGCAAAUAUUUGUUCUCUUUGGCCUCCCAAUAUCCAGGCUUCCCUGACUUGUCUGCCCAGAGGCAAGGCCAGCGGUGCCUUCAUAGGCCCACUCCUGUGGUAAGUGAUUUUAGGGAUUCUUGAGCAGUUUUGCUCUUUUUGGGUGUCCCAGAUUUUUACAUUGGUGUUUAAUUGGAAUAAUCCUAUAAACUACGUGAGGAAAUUAACUUUACAAAUUUUGUUUCCCAUCCAGAAACAUGACUCUUCAUUUAUUUGAGUAUUACUUAGUAAAUAUUUCUAAUUUUCACAUAAGUUCUACACAAUUUUGUUAUUGUAAAUAGAUUUUUUCAUUAUAUUUUUCUAGUUAUUGUUCUUACAUACAAAAGUUAUUUUUAAUUAUAUAUUUGUGAAACUAGCGACCUCACUGAAUGUUCUUAAUUUUCAAUAAUUUCUCAGUUCUGUUAUAAUUUGUGGUUAAUUAUACCAUCUACAAAAUAGUUUUCUGCCUAUUGCUCUCUUUUUUGUUAUUUUUUAAACAUAUAGCUCUAAGCUUCAUUUUGGUACAAAACAUUUUAUGAUACAGUGCAGUCCUGAAUUCUGAUUUAAAAACAACAAAAACCAGCACUAAAAGACCACAAAAAAAACUGUCCUUUUUAAACUUUGUAUUUCAAGCCUACAAUAUUCUUUAAAACCAGGGACAAAACUGGCUGCCAACAUAAUUCUUUUAUUCCUCCAGAAGUCUGGGCGGGGUCCACCAAGUUAUUGCACAGAGAACCGGCCUGCACACCUCCAAAACAAAGGCUGAGUGGCUGCCAGGCAGUACCAGAGAAGGUGAGGUCCCCAGUGUGGCCCCAGUAUGAGAUGGUCUUGGCCCCUGCCCAAUGGUAGGGCCACAUGACAUGGUCUCCAAGUCAUGUAGGUGGGUGAUGCUCCCACAACCCAAAUUUCCCCAUACCUGAGAGGUGUCCUCCAUGUCCCUGGCUUCUGUGUGGGGAAGGGCCUGUGUAGUCAAGUUCAUGGGUGCCUGUUGUUCCAGAAAGGUGGAGCCUGGACAGGCCUGACUUCCCCAUGCCUGUCCCCACAAACCCAGGAGGGGCUGGAGGGAAGUGCCCUUCACCCCUGCCCAGGAGCACAGGGCCAGGAUACCCAGGGUCACCCACCCUCAAACACAAUAGCACCAGAAAGCUGUUAGACAAUGGCUAAGUGUUCAAUAAAGAGUCCAACAACAAAUUAAUGGAAAAAAGUAAACACAUCAAUAAGUGGUUUUUCAGUAGAGCAACAAGUGCCAGUGGCUAGUUAGAAAAUAUGGAGGACCAAAGAUCCAAUUCCAAUAGUAAUUACAAAUGGAAAGCAUGCAUCCCCUAAAAAUGUACCUGGGAUCUUGGGUUGUAAAGGGGAACAACACACCAAUAAAAGGGUUUUUUUUUUUUUUUUUGGUGGGUGGGGCAGAAAUUCAGUAAAGGUGAAAAAUAUGUAUGUAGCUACACGGUGUGACAAGUGCUAGGAUGGUAAAAGAUUUAGGAGAGUAUUACAGGUGGAUUUUCCAGAGAGGACUCGGGAAGUGGCAUUUAAGCAACAAAAGGAUGAGAUGGGGGAGGAUGGGGACAGCAAAGGGAUGUGGCUAAAAGAAAUGAAAGAAUGUUCAACCUUACUAGUAAUCUAAGAAUUAUAAAUUAAAAGAACAAGAUGUCAUUUUAGGUGUGUUAAAUAAGCAGGGUGUGUGUGUGUGUGUGUGUGUGUGUGAAUGGCAUGGCAAAAGAGGAAUGAUAGUGGCAUCCAUCCACUGUGACAAGAAUGUUAAAAGAUUAUUAUUCCUUGACUCAAAACUUUUCUAUGUAUCAAGGGAAAAUAUCACAUUAUAAUACUGAAAAAUUAGAAACAACCUAAAUUAUUGAACAAAUACGAUGGAAUAUAAAGCUAAUAAAAACAAUGUUUUUCAUUAAUCUUA